AUGAAGAUGCACUUGCAAAGGGCUCUGGCGGUCCUGGCCCUGCUGAACUUUGCCACGGUCAGCGUCUCUCUGUCCACUUGCACCACCUUGGACUUCAGCCACAUCAAGAAGAAGAGGGUGGAAGCCAUUAGGGGACAGAUCUUGAGCAAACUCAGGCUCACUAGUCCCCCUGAGCCUUCGGUGAUGACCCAUGUCCCCUACCAGAUCCUGGCCCUUUACAACAGCACCCGGGAGCUGCUGGAGGAGAGGGAGGACGGCUGCACUCAGGAGAACACCGAGUGGGAGUACUAUGCCAAAGAAAUCCAUAAAUUCGACAUGAUCCAGGGGCUGGCGGAACACAACGAGCUGGCCGUCUGCCCCAAAGGAAUCACCUCCAAGGUGUUCCGCUUCAACGUGUCCUCCGUGGAGAAGAAUGGCACCAACCUCUUCCGAGCAGAAUUCCGGGUCUUGCGGGUGCCCAACCCCAGCUCCAAGCGCAAUGAGCAGAGGAUCGAGCUCUUCCAGAUACUCCGGCCAGAUGAGCACAUUGCCAAGCAGCGCUAUAUUGGUGGCAAGAAUCUGCCCACGCGGGGCACCGCCGAGUGGCUGUCUUUCGAUGUCACUGAAACCGUACGUGAAUGGCUCUCGAGAAGAGAGUCCAACUUAGGUCUGGAAAUCAGCAUUCAUUGUCCCUGCCACACCUUUCAGCCCAAUGGAGACAUCCUGGAAAACAUUCAUGAGGUGAUGGAAAUCAAAUUCAAAGGUGUGGACAGCGAGGAUGAUCAUGGCCGUGGGGAUCUGGGACGCCUCAGGAAGCAGAAGGACCACCACAACCCUCAUCUAAUCCUCAUGAUGAUCCCCCCACACCGGCUCGACAACGGGGGCCAGGGUGGGCAGAGGAAGAAGCGGGCCCUGGACACCAAUUACUGCUUUAGCAACGUGGAAGAGAACUGCUGUGUGCGCCCUCUCUACAUCGACUUCCGCCAGGAUCUGGGCUGGAAAUGGGUCCACGAACCUAAGGGCUACUACGCCAACUUCUGCUCAGGCCCCUGCCCAUACCUCCGCAGUGCAGACACCACCCACAGCAAGGUGCUGGGCCUGUACAACACCUUGAACCCCGAAGCGUCUGCCUCCCCGUGCUGCGUGCCCCAGGACUUGGAGCCCUUGACCAUCCUGUACUACGUCGGGAGGACCCCCAAGGUGGAACACCUCUCUAACAUGGUGGUGAAGUCCUGUAAGUGUAGCUGAGACCCUGCCUGCGACAGAGAGAGAAGGAGCGAGAACUGCGGCUGCCUGGCUGCCUGCUCCUCGGGAGAGCACGGAGGCAACGGACCUCACCCAGAGGCCUGGCGCCCGCGACCCGCAGCGGCAGGCAAAAGGCUAGGACGGAGGUUCCCUCCUGGAACAUUUCUUUCUUGCUGGCUCUGAGAAUCACUGUGGUAAGGAAAGUGUGGAUUGGUUAGAGGAAGGCCGGACUCUUCAGAACACACAGAUUUUUUUCUGUGAGGUGGACAGAGGUGGUGGGGACAGAGGAAGAGGGAUGGCAAGUUGACAAGUCGUGCAGCAAUGGGACUGGGGACACCCGGGGAGGAGGCAGGGCAGAGAAUGGCCGGGAGAGGGCCAGACUGGAAAACACCUCCGAUCUGAGGUCGGAUUUGCUCAGCGCUGCCCCACAUCCGCCCUAGGGCAUCUGGAUCACACUGCGCAUGGCACGCAUUUCUCUUCAGAUAGGUUACCGAGACGUGGUCCCAGUGUCGUAUCUCAUACCGCCUGGGAGGAAGGACAAAUCUGUUGUUUUUGCAAACUGCUCUCUUGACAUCAAUCAGCAUCAAGGGUUGUUACAGGGAAAGGUCCAGGUAAUGCAGUUCCGGGGCCCUCGGCUAUGCUGGGCCCUACGUUGAACUCAGAAGCAGAAGGUGAGAAUCAACCCGCUCGUGUCCGCCUCUGGGUGCCUCCUCUCGCCUUCUUCCUCCAUCGUAAAUACUUCCCCUUGGACACUUGGCUAGACACCUUCCAGGUCAGGGUACGCAUAUCUGAAUUUGGGGUCUGUGCAGCCUUCGGGGCAUUGAGAGCUCCCCCGGCCCCCAAGCCCCGGUGCCCACCUGGUGUUCCUGGAAGCAGGCACGGCGUGCGGGCGCCCAGGGGAGCUGCAUGUGUGCGCUAUGCAACGCCUUGGCCCCAGACGCGUAGACCGAGGUAUACAGACAAAUACAAAUAUUACUCUCAAAAUCUUUGUAUAAAUAAAUAUUUUUGGGGAAUCUUGGGUCAUUUUAUCUUUUGGAAAAUUGUUUCUAGUAAGAACGUUAUUUUCUAAGGUGUACAUCUGACCUGAUAAACAUCCUCAGUUACCAUUUUAAUUCACGUCCAUACCUGCUCAUCAGAGGUAACUGGACUCUGGGGCAGAGAAGCGCAAAGGUAAACACACCGUUUAGUGUGAACGCCCUGGCCCGCUGUGCCGCCGCCUGCCAUCGGAGAAGAUGGCACUGUCACUUCUGUUCCCUGCUUUCUUCAUGGCGUAUUAUUCUCAGACACACAGAGGGAGCAGCUCGGAUUUGCAGAAGGUGCAAUAUAUGAAUUUGACCUCCAUUUAACUGUGGGCAGAACCACCAGGCAUGUGGAAACGUGGUGGUUUGCACACUCACUAUAACAACCGACACCAUCAUUCUGACAGUCUCAUCUCACCCUCCAAGUCGGAGGAGAACUAGGGAAACUAGCAUUCAUAGAUGGCCUACGAGUAAGAGGCCUAGUCUGCUGUCAGGUUCAGCCCAGAAACAGCUCACCAGCAACCACUUUCAGUCAUCGGGCCUCUUGCCAGGCAGGUGGGAAUGGGAGCGGGCAGGGGAAGCAGGACUCCAGAGCGGUGCUGGAGUCUACCCUGGUGUCAGUGCCCCUGAAGCAGCCAUCUGCAAUGAGUGAAGAGACACUGGCAGCUCCUGAAAAGCAUGUUCCUCUGUGGAAGUCACUGUGCUACUGGUU